UGCGUCGUUCCCGGCCGAGACCUCGGCGGUCCAGAUCCUUGCACGAUGGAACUGCUCCUAGUAAUGACAUACAUCCUGGUGAGCAGAGUAUCCCUCUCGUCGUGCUCUGGUACAUGGCUACCGGACAGCGAGACGUUCGACUUCGUCAUCGUCGGCGCAGGGUCAGCAGGGUGCGUUCUGGCGAAUCGUCUGACGGAGGUCGCCAACUGGAAGGUGCUUCUACUGGAGGCUGGCGGGGAGGAGCCGCCCAUCACCCAAGUGCCCGCUUUCUUCCCAUAUAUCCACGAACGCAGUUCGCCGUUGCGCUGGACUUACACUGCCGAACCGUCACCCUGGGCGUGCGCUGGUCAGCCCUGCAGUUGGCACUCGGGGCGGGUCCUCGGUGGCUCCAGCAGCAUCAACGGCAUGAUGUACGUCCGGGGCAACCCGCGAGACUACGACGACUGGGCGGCUCAAGGGAACCCCGGCUGGAGCUACGAGGAGGUGCUGCCGUACUUCCUCAAGUCGGAGGACGCCAGCGACACGGGCGACAUGGACACCAAGUACCACGGCUACGGCGGAUACCUCGGGGUGCAGAGAGCUGCUGAAGAAGAUCGACGUCAACGGGGCCUCAUCGAUGGCUUCCGAGAACUCGGGUUCCAGGAGCGGGACCCUAACGCAGGCGAUCAAGAGGGCGUUUCGCUUGUUCGAAUCACCGCGAGGAACGGCGAGCGCCAAAGCACAAACACAGCAUUCCUGAAGGCAGCGCGGCAGAUGCGGCACAACCUUCGUGUAAUCAUCAAUGCCACAGCGACAUUGGUGCUCAUUGAUCCGCGGACUCGUCGAGCACAUGGAGUGGAAUUCUUCCUUGGCAAUGACAGUAACAAGCAUUUUAGAGUAAAUGCGAGUCGAGAAGUAAUUCUAAGUGCAGGUAGCAUGAAUUCUCCUCGACUUUUGCAGUUGUCUGGUAUAGGACCACAUGAAUUUUUGGAACCCUUAAAUAUAUCAGUGUUAAAAAACCUUAGUGUUGGUUAUAACUACCAAGAUCAUAUUUCGUCCGAGAGUUUGGUUUUUGUGCCUAACAAUAUAACAACAGCUUCAGAAAACAUAAAUACAUACUUUAAAGAUUACGAAAGAUAUUUAAAAUACAGAACAGGACCUUUAACUUACAUUGGGAACAGUGGUGUAACAACAUUUGCUCGAUCCAGCAAAGAUCAAUUACCAGACCUUCAAUUAUUUUUUGGUUUGUUGUCUUUUAGUGACGAGCCAGUAAAACCACUUCCAUAUGUUAGCACACUAAGCAUGGUUCAAUUUCUUUUGCGGCCUCGAAGUAAAGGCUACAUCAAAAUUAUAUCAAAAGAUCCUCUAACACAACCUGUGAUAAAAACCAACAGCUUGUCAGAAAAAGUAGAGAGAGACAUUUUGGUAGAAGGGCACCAGAUAAUGUCACGACUAAUGGACACUAAAUCGUUUAAAGACCUAGAUCUUCGCUUGGACAUGUCCAAAUUCAACAAAUGUACUUGGGCGGAGAUGAACACGCCUGUUUUCUGGGAAUGCUAUGUAGUAAACUACACUGGCUCUGGGUAUCAUCACGUGGGCACAUGUAAGAUGGGACCUGCCACCGACCACGAUGCCGUAGUCGACUCCCAGUUACGUGUGCAUGGCAUCCAGGGACUGCGUGUUGUUGAUGCAUCCAUCAUGCCGACAGUGCCACGAGGCAACACCAACGCUCCCACCAUCAUGAUUGCUGAGAAGGCUGCCGACUUAAUUAAACAAUAUUAUUCCUCAGACACAUUUAUGUGCUAGAUAACACUUGAUGUAUGUUAAUGCACAGAUUACAAGAUAUAUAUCUAUAUUUUAGCUGGCUAUGGAGAUUAUUUAAUAAUAAUUAAAACUCCACUAGAAUUAAA